AUGCGUGCCUUGAUUUGUGCACAAGCUUUUCCGCCGCUGCUGAAGCAGGCCGGCGGUGUGGCCAAGGAUUACCUUGCACUCUGCCGAGCGUUAAUCGACGGUCUUGACUGGCAAGUCACCUUGCUUUCUCCGGUGAGCAUCGGCGAAUCCGGCGAGGCAGAUGUGGAGAGAUGGUUGAAGACUGGCCAGCUUGUCCACGUUCCAGUUUGGGCAUUACAGGCUUCGAAUGCACUUGGCGUGGCUGUUUUAAUGGACUUCUUCUCCAUCCACAACACCUUCAGACUGGUGUGGGAGCUGCUUCAUGGAGGCCAUGCGUUGUGUUUCAUCGACGAUAGCUGCAUGCGCAUAGCGCCGUUGAUGCUGAUGCGGGGCUUGGGCAUGCCCAGCAUAGCCACAACUCACUCGGAUGUGCCUUCGCAUCCCGUGUACAAUCAGUUCAUUCUGCUGAAGAUCUUGUGGUGGCUUCAUUUGGCAUCUGCCUUCUUUGCAACUUUGCAUGCGUCGGUGGCGCAUGUGUAUGCGAAGUCGCUUUGGGACCGCUACAGAAUACCGGUAGAUGGCGUGUGGCCUCCGGUGUUGUGGUCCGAUGCAUUUCGGAGACCGCUCCAUGAUUUUCAGGAAUCUGCGGCAGCCAAGCGAGCAUGUUGGAUUGAGGAGUUGGGCUUCGAGCCGAAAGCUAUUUUUCUUUUUGCGGGCAGAUGGUCAGCAGAAAAGCGCAUACACUUGUUGCAUGAUGCCAUCCCUGACGAUUGUGGCUUGAUCAUCGUGGGCGACAGUGAUGCAGACUAUGCCGAUGAGAUAGAAGCUACCGGGCGACGCAACAUCUUGCCGAAGCGAGGCAUGCUCGGGGCAGAAGAUCUGCGAAUAGCAUAUGCUGCCAGCGAUUUGUUUGUUUCCGCGAGUACCUGUGAAACGCUCGGAAACACCGUCGUUGAGGCCUGGAGUGCAGGCAUUCCGGUGGCAAUCCAGCCCGUCGGUGGGCAUCUCGAGUUCGUCAAGGACAACGAGAACUCGUAUUUCGUCGACUUCGAUGCGAGUGACGAAGCUCGAGAACGCCUAACAUCAAUCGUGGCCGGAGGUGUCAAGGCAUCCGUGGAGCCAGCCCUCUCAAAGAUGGGUGACUAUUUUCGGACACUGGAUUUUCCUGCUGAAGUACAGAGGCGCCUGUUGGAACCGGCAUUGUCCACUUCCGCUUCGUGGGAAGCUCUCACGGGAUGGCGAUGGAUGAUAGAGAAGCUGGUUCGAGUCGUCCUUUUGCUGGCCUGCUGCUUCAUCUGGCCAGUGACAGUUGUCUGGUCACGAGCGUAUUUUGCAGUAUCUUGCGACCCCAUUUACAGGUACGUAGAGCCCGGCACAGCCAAGGAGCCCGAUGCCAGUGACAGGAGUCCAGGACGCUGCUCGGCAAGCGAAGACGACAAUUCAAGGUUAGCCCUUUUGAGUUGUGUCUGA